CCUUGAUAAUUUUUACUAAAAUUAAAAUAUGGCGCUAAAGUCUGGAGCAUCGCGGAACAAUGAUCAAAUGGUCAUUGAUGAUGAUCAAUCCGAUAAUGAAAGUCAAAGUGAAGAAAUUAUGCAAGAAUUGAAUACUAUGUUUCUCAAAGCAAUAGACCUUGGAGGUAAAAAAUUCAAAGUUGAAUGGAAAUCUCGAAUCAUAGAGAUGUUGGAUGCAAACUCAGAAUCUUUAAAGCAGUUUAUCUUGCAUAUUUUCACCCAAAUCCUUCAGUUUUCAAAGCCAGAUUCUCAGUUGAAGCCUUUAUAUGACUUUCUGAGUCAUGUUUUCACUCAUUUUUCAAAAAGCAGUAGCUUAAAUACAGAAAACCUUGAAGACAUGCUUGAUGACCUGCUUGGAUUUCUCUUGGAUGUAAGCACAAAUGGGAGUCAGGUAAAGUUUCAAGUCAGAAGUCUGAAACUUUUACUGAUAAUCUUGAACAACAUCGGCAGAGAUUUCUGUCAAGAGUACUUCAAAAGUAAUGAAAAGUUGCAAGAGGAAGCAAUUCAAAUGCUUUAUGUCAAUUUUGCAAAUAAAAAUGACAGGGUUUUGAACAGCUGCUUCCAGCUUUACAAAGAUAUAUUUAGAGGUUUCAUACGUGAGAUCCACAUGAUCUUUGAUGACCUCUUCUUGAAAGUAGCUUUUACCAAUCCCAAGAGUGAGAUCAGGGAGAAAAGUAUAAGAAUGAUGAAUCUUUCUAAAGCCAAAGUGUUUAAAAUCCACGAACUUUGAAUGGAUAAAGAGCCGAACGUCAGAACUGCUCUGUACGAGAAGCUUCAAGGCCAGAUGCAUGUUUUCAAAAUUCCUGAAGGGAAGCUCUAUAGGUUCAUUACAAGAGGCUUAAGUGAAAAUGAUUCUAGAGCAAAGAACUCCUUUUACAAUUUCUUACUGAGUUUUUGAGUGAAGUCUCCUGAAGAAGAGGUUAAAGAAUGCUCCAAAGAUGAAAGUGAUGAAGAGGCAUACGAUUUUCAAGAUAAUCCCAGAGAUGGUGUCUCUAAAAUUCAUCUUAAUUAUGAUUUUAAGUAUGAAGGAUCAAGAGAGAAGCAAGUUAAGAUGACUAUAUUUGAAAUUUUCCAAAAACUAAAAAUUCAUAAAACUCAUUACAUUGAUGGAUUCAGUGAUCUCCCUCUUAGAUAUAUGAACUUUGUAUUCACUACAUUUGACCGUGAAGAUGUCUUAAAAUGUGUAGAAAGUGUCUACAAAACAAUCAUUGAAGUAAUUGUGCAGGGAAAAUAAAGGAAAAUCAGUCUUUUUCUCCCACUUUUCCUUUAUUAGGAUAGCAAUGGAAUGCACAAAGAUACUCCUUCAGGACAUCGAAGAAGGAUAUGACUCACUUGACCCUAUAAUACCAGAAAUAGACGAUUAUGAGAAAGUAUUUGAGUAUUUCACUAAAAAUUCAAUUCCAAAAAGAGAAGAGCUGGAGAUUCUGAGUGAAUGGAGUAAGUACUCCUUGCACAUGCCUCACUCGAUCCCCUCAAUUCAUGAGUCGAUUAAGAACUUAUUUCUGAACUACAUCUCAGACUCAGACCCUUCGAUCCAGCAUUACACUAAAAUCAUCAACAAGGCGCUUCAGGAUGAGUUUGAAAAUGAAAGAGACAUCCACGAUAUAGAGUACUGUCAGACAACACCUCGAAAUUUCAAGAAUAUUUACCUUAAGAAGAGGACAAUCAACACUCUGUGCAAGCCGGUUACCUCAAACCUGUUCAUAUCCGAUCCAGAUGACGUCUGCGUGAUUAUGAUAAUCGUCUUGUUCCAAAUUUCGCUCAGUGAGAUCCCUGAGUUCAUCAGCAGCGUAAAGGACGCUAUUAGGACCAUUCGUGAGGAUCUUGAAACUGAAUUUGAUGAGAACCAAGCUGAGGACCAGAUCGAGUCGAGCAUCCCUCAACUGAAAUUUAUUUAUGAAAAAGACCUUAACAAGCAUAUUGAAAGAAUCACUGAGUUGACCGAGACGAAGAGAAUGAGCUCAAAUUUGCCUAAGGAUGAGCAAAGGAAAAUCGAUGAGAAGUUUGGAGAAACCAUCUCCAAAAUUCAGUCUGUAAAGAAAAAUCUUGAGAACUGUAGUCUUCACGAAAAGAUCAUUAACAGAAGGACUCUUAAGAUAAUUCAGAUCUUGUGCCAACUGACUGUGAAGAAUGGCACUGAUGAUCACACCAUGACCUGGGUUGGAGGGUGCGUCAUUGAGCAUAUCAAGAACAAAGAUAUAGAGAACAUCGAUAUUUGACUCUCGAUUAUUGUUGAUAUCCUUCUAUUUGACAAGGAUUUAUCUGCAUCUUUUUUGAGAAUUUAUCAAACUAUGAUAGCCAACAGUGGAGCGACUCCUGACCAGAUUAUAGAAGAGAAUACAAAAGUUCCUCAGAUUAUUACAAUAAUCAAAGCUUUGUUUGAUAUGUUCUGCAUUCUAGAAAAUAUUGGGCUUGAUUGAGCUGAUGAUUACACCUUGAUAAGAGAUGAUAAUGAUAGGAUAGUUCCAAAUCAUAGCUUAGAGGAGAAUGAUCAAAUCAGACUUCAACUAUCGAACAAGCUAUUGUCAUUACUCAUCACAAACUUUUGUCUCUGCUGAAAUAUUCAUGUAAGACAUUUGGUCACUCAAGGGCUGAUGAAGAUCCUUCUAGAGCACAAUCUGGGAAAUCCACCGUUGACUAAAGAAUUUGAGUAUUUCCAAGAUAGGAUCAUGAACAAUGAAAGUAUCUACUGUGCUCUCAUCAUUGGUUCUUUAUUAAUCAACGAGCCGGGCAAUUCCAAAGAUGAGAGGAAUUCUACAAACAAUAUCGUAUAUUCUCAGAUGGAUGAAACUUUUGAAAUAUUCCUUAGAAAAUAUGGAGCCAAAAGAAGAAAUCAAGCCAUUCAAAUUUUUGAGGCUUGCCUCUUCAUUCUCAAAGUAAAUUUGAACCAAAAUUUGUACAGGAAACGAAGAAAUAAGUCAUCAAAGAACGAGUUCUUGAGCCUCCUUACUACUAUGAGUGGGCAGAAGGUAUUGAGGUACGCCUGAAUCUUGUUUAAAGAGGCCUCAAUCUCCUAUUCAAAAAUGGAAGAGCUUGGCUACUCAGAAAACUGCACUAUCGUUGACAAAAUUUCCCCGUUGGUCAUCACAUUGUUGAUGUGUUUAAAACUGUUUAAGGAGAACUUCAAUAACAGUACUAGCUACUUCUUCCCACAGAUUAUUUGGGAGUACUUGGAAGAGGACAAACUCAGCCUUCAGGAGCUGACUAUUUUGAAAUCAGUUCUGAAGGACACACUCAAAAAUGAAAAAUUAACUCAAAACUUGAAGGACGUCAUUAAAGAGAUUCAAAAGAAAAUACAUAAUGGAUUGAAGAAGAGAGAAGAAAAUAAGGAAGAGAGUAAGGAAGUUUCGAUACAAGAUGAUUUAAAGUCCCUUGAUUACCUUUGAGAGGAAACUGUUGAAAGAUAUGAGCUCUUCCUUGACUUAACAAAGGAUAUUAAAGUAGUUGGUCUUAUAACGCCUCCUAUCCCGAUGAAAGAGAAGAAGAGACCCCGCUUCACAGAUAUUUAUGAGAUUUCUAAUGAAAUGAACAAUGAUGAAAUCCCUAGCGUGGAUUAUAUGCUUGCAGAUGAUGAAGACCUUUAUUUUCAAGUGUACUCAGAAUAUGUUCGCCAGAGUGUAAACUCAUUAUCCAAAAGACCUCUACCGAAAAAGGCUUCUAGGACAACUGCAAAGAAAUUGAGAGGGCGGAGACAAGAAGGAAUGAAUUCAAGGAAUGAUCAAAUCAAUUUGGAAUUAUAAUUGAAGAGGAAUCUAAUAGUGAAUUUUCAAGCAGUUAUAGAAGUUCAAGAGUGAAGUCUCCCUUGAACCAAGAAGUAGUAUCUAUUUCCAAGCGUCAGAGAGGCCUGAACAAGAUAUCUCCCCAAUACGAUAAGUACACAGUGAAAGAUAGCCAGAACAAGAAUAUUUCUAAGAUGAGAAAGGAGAUGCAUCAGUUCUCACAGUAUAUAUAAGCUCCCAGAAACGAUCCGGGCAAAAAGAACCCCAAGAAAUACAAUUUGAUAUACCAGAACCCCUUAUAGAAGAGUUCAGUGAAGAUUCUGAGAAAUCUAGCUGACCUGAUAAAGAUUCUUCAUAUGAUGAAGAUUCGAAUAGUGAAGAAGAAAUCGACACAAGACCACGAAUGAAAAAGAAUAAGCUCUAA